CAAGCCUCCGCCCUUUUCACACCGCUACCUUGCGAUCAUCUGCCUCAUAUAUCUAUCCUAUUUAUGCAAUCAUCCUCUCUGCAAGAUGCACUACCACCUAAACACCCCACGACCAGCCUCCCCCUCCUUUCUUCCCCUCCCUUUCUUCCUGACCUCAAUCCCCACACAAACCGACCCCACCCUUGCAUGGCCCCCGCAUCGCAUCGACAUUUCCAAUCAAAGAUCUUGCAGAUCAAUCGAUCAACGCAACGCAUACCUCCUCUGUCUAUCGUCUCCGCCUUACCUUCCUCUUCUCCUGUCUAGCCUCCUCCCACCCUUUCCAAACCCCAACCCCCACAUCUUUUUCCCGCAUGACGGGACAGAAGACAUGUUAUCUAAUUGGGCCUGGCCUCAAAGAAAGUCCAUCCAUCGUACAUGGCGAGACACACACAGACACACACAAAGCAGAAGCAAGCAUAGACCAAACACCGGAUCCCUCGGGUCUGCAUACCCAACCAAAUCUCGCUCACCAAUGUAACCCAAAGUCUCCGUCGAUUGAGUAAAGCAGAGGAGAAACAAAGUAGUCAAGUCCGUCAAGUAAAGAAGAGGAGAAACAAAGUAGUCCAGUCCGUCAUUCAUCCGGAGUACGUAUGAGUACCAACACAAUACAACCCGCCCAGUCGAGGAGCUAGUCACAUCCGGGAAAGAGGGAAUGAAUAAAUAGUAAUGGCAGUACUUCGUGUACAGUUAGUUCUAGGACCGCGGCAUAGUACUACAUCUCCCACUGGGUGGCUGCUACUUGGCGCCUGCUCCCUCCGUAGGCAACACGACCAGUCUGGAAACGGGAGUUGAUC